GCUACUCACUUUACUAAUGUUUUUUAUGAAUCUUUUAUCACCGGCUCCAUAUUGAUCGCUCCAAAAUCAACAUGUCCAUCAGAUCCUGAAUACCGCCCAAAUACCAUUCGACUAGCUAUAGCAGAACCUCCGAUUAUAAUGAAUGCUUUAUGCCAUUCCGUUUAA